UCUCUCUUUGAUCAUACUUCAUUUUUUUCACUUUUAACUCUUCGUAACAAACGAAAUAAUUUAAGAAAAUGCAUUCACUAAUUUUACUUCUAUUUUCCUAAAUAUGUUGCAGGGAGUACCAGAAGAACUGAGAUCUUGAUAUAUGAAUGCGGAAUUCGGUCCAGAUUCAAUGAAUAUUGAUGGAAAACCAGUUCGCAGCUUCCCACUGAUAUCACCCUCUGGUCCCCCUCCCUUUCUUCAGCACUUUUGCAUUCGAACAAAAUAUUGCUAUGAAUGCAGAAUCCAGUCCACAUUCAAUGAAUUGUUGAUGAGAGGACAAUCUCGCAAUCCAAAAGGAAAGGGAAUACACUUCAAUACAGCAAAAUUCAGUCCAAAUUCAAUGAACGCUGAUGGAAACAAUCCCCCAUUUCUCCCUCAUUUCCGCUCACAGUCUCGUCAUCCCCCUUCUCCUCCAUCAAUUUGGCGAUAGCCCACCAUCUCGCCUUCCAAUCCCAAAAAGAGAGGAGAGGAGAGGAGAGGAGAGGAGAGGAGAGGAGAGGAGAUUGGAGGAGAGGAAAGGAGAGGAGAGGAGAGGAGAGGGGAGGCGAGGAGAGGAGAGAGGAGGAGAGGAAAGGAGAGGAGAGGAGGGGAGGCGAGGAGAGGAGAAGAGAGGAGAGGCGAGGAGAGGCGAGGAGAGGAGAGGAGAGGAGAGGAGAGGAGAGGAGAGGAGAGAAAGUGGAAGGUUGAGACUCAUAAACCCUCCCACGACCUCCCGUCCCGAAAACCGAAAACGUUCAGAUGAUUGGGGACCAUCUUGUCCUCAAUUCGUCUUUGGCUUCUGCCACAACGCUUUGUUCCUCUGGGCCAACAUGUGCGAGUACAUAUACGGGCACCCUGCCACAUCAGCGUCCAACAUUUUCAGCAAUUAGAAAAAAAAAUACAUUUUUAAGUUUGAACUUAAAGUUUAAACACUAAUAAAAUAGCAAACUGUUG